CACAAGAUCGGAUUACAAGAUGGCGGAAAGUGGACUGUAGAGAGAAGCGGUCGAAGUACACAUUGUUUUUGUGUCUGUAACGGUGAAUUUUCAGUUCGUUUCCUCAACCGUCUGUAACCAGAAAUCCUACUGUAGUAUGCUGGAAAGUCUGCCCUGAGUUACACGGCACAAUUUUGCUCUACAGACUCAAAAUAGGGUGUUUGGAACAUGCGGGUAGAAACAAAGUUUAAAUCUCGGGGUUAAGAAAUAGAAAUUUAUAGAAAGAUAGGGGCUGAAGAAGCGGGGGAAACCAUGUCGGACACUCGGCGGCGUGUGAAGGUGUACACGCUGAAUGAAGACCGACAGUGGGACGACAGAGGCACCGGGCACGUCUCUUCCACCUUUGUCGAGCGGCAGAAGGGGAUAUCUUUGUUGGUCCGGGCGGAAUCGGACGGUUCAGUUCUGUUAGAAUCCAGAAUCAGUCCCAACACAGCAUAUCAGAAACAGCAAGACACGCUGAUUGUUUGGUCUGAAGCGGAGAAUUAUGACCUGGCUCUGAGUUUCCAGGAGAAGGCUGGCUGCGAUGAAAUCUGGGAGAAGAUCUGCCAGGUGCAGGGGAAGGACCCGGCUGUGGAGAUCACGCAGGACCCCAUAGAUGAGUCAGAGGAAGAGCGCUUCGAGGAGCUGCCCGAGACAAGCCACCUGGUGGACCUGCCGCCCUGUGAGUUGGACAAACUGGGGGAGAUCGCCAACCUGGUGACCUCGGUGCUGUCGUCCCCGAUCCGGCGUGAGAAGCUGGCGUUGGCGCUCAUGAGCGAGGGCUACAUCCGGAAGCUGCUGCAGCUCUUCCAGGCCUGCGAGGACCUGGACAACCGCGAGGGCCUGCACCACCUGUACGAGAUCGUGCGCGGCGUGCUCUUCCUCAACAAGGCCGCGCUCUUCGAGGUCAUGUUCUCGGACGACUGCAUCAUGGACGUGGUGGGCUGCCUGGAGUACGACCCUGCCCUGGUGCAGCCCAAGCGGCACCGCGAGUUCCUCACCAAGACGGCCAAGUUCAAGGAGGUGAUCCCCAUCACGGACUCGGAGCUGCGGCAGAAGAUCCACCAGACCUACCGCGUGCAGUACAUCCAGGACAUCAUCCUGCCCACCCCCUCCGUGUUCGAGGAGAACUUCCUGUCCACCCUCACCUCCUUCAUCUUCUUCAACAAGGUGGAGAUCGUCAGCAUGCUGCAGGAAGACGAGAAGUUCCUGACAGAAGUUUUUGCACAGUUAACAGAUGAGGCCACAGAGGAUGGGAAGAGGAGAGAGCUGGUAAACUUUUUCAAGGAGUUUUGCGCCUUUUCACAAACGUUGCAGCCACAAAACAGGGACGCGUUUUUCAAGACUCUGGCAAACCUAGGUAUUCUGCCUGCUCUGGAAAUAGUGAUGGGUAUGGAUGACCUGCAGGUCAGGGCUGCAGCCACCGAUAUCUUCUCCUACCUGGUGGAGUUCAGUCCCUCCAUGGUGCGGGAGUUUGUCAUGCAGGAGCCUCAGCAGACCGACGACGACGUCCUGCUGAUCAACGUGGUCAUUAAGCAGAUGAUCUGCGACACAGACCCUGAGCUGGGUGGAGCGGUGCAGCUGAUGGGCCUGCUUCGGACCCUCAUAGACCCGGAGAACAUGCUGGCCCCCACCAACAAAACGGAGAAGACGGAGUUCCUCAGUUUCUUCUACAAGUACUGCAUGCACGUGCUCACAGCGCCUCUCCUGGCCAACACAGCUGAAGACAGGGCUAAUAAAGAUUCACUAGAGGGAUCUACCAAGAUCAAUCCAGUUUGUCCUGAUAACUUCCAGACAGCCCAGCUGCUGGCGUUGAUUCUGGAGCUGCUGACAUUCUGCGUGGAGCAUCACACCUACCACAUAAAGAACUACAUCAUGACCAAGGACCUGCUGCGCCGUGUCCUGGUGCUCAUGAACUCCAAACACACCUUCCUGGCGCUGUGUGCCCUGCGCUUCAUGAGGAGGAUCAUCGGGCUGAAGGACGAGUUCUACAACCGCUACAUCAUCAAAGGGAACCUGUUUGAGCCGGUCAUCAACGCCCUCCUGGACAACGGCACCAGAUACAACCUGCUGAACUCCGCCAUCAUCGAGCUCUUCGAGUUCAUCAAAGUGGAGGAUAUUAAAUCCCUCAUAGCACACAUAGUGGACAACUUCUAUAAAGCACUUGAAUCGAUCGAAUACGUCCAGACUUUCAAAGGUCUGAAGACCCGGUAUGAACAGGAGAAGGACAGGCAGAGUCAGAAACUCAGCAGAUACCGCCGAGACGCCCGGUCUCUGGAGGACGAUGAAGAAAUGUGGUUUAAUGAAGAUGAAGACGACGAUGAAGGAGAUCCGGUGAUGGAGAAGAGCAAGUCUGAGGAAGACUUCCCCGAGAGCUAUGGGAAGUACAUGGAAGCAAAAAAAGGAGCAGCUAACGGAACCAACGGGAAGCCUGUUCCUGCUGCCACGCCCUCCGCCGGCCCAAACAGCGCCUCCCCCAAGACAGCCGCCCCUGUGACCAAGACAGGGUUGGUCGGCCUCGUGGACUAUCCAGACGACGAAGACGAGGAAGAGGAGGAGGAGGAAGAGUCGCCACGGAAACGGCCCCGCCUGGGAUCUUAAAAGAUCUGAAAGCAGUCCCAUCUGGUCUGAGUCCCGAAGGCGCCACUGACCCACAGACCACUCCCCCCGCCCCACCCCGCCCACCACCACCACCACACCACUGCCCCACUCCCAACACGCCCACCCUGGAUGGAGGAGGACCAGAGGGGUCGCGGCCCCCCCAUGCCAACACCCCCUGCCCCCGUGCACCACGGCGCCACAGGCAGGGAUGCACUUCAACCCCGGGGGGCGGGACUAGGGGAGGGAGUGAGGCUAGCAGGACUAGCGGCCUAGGCAUGGGAGCUGGACUGGCUGGCCUUCAGCUGCGGAUCCUAACACUCUGGGGAGGGGAGGGGGAGGGGGGGAACAGGCAACAAAAACACCACGCAAAAUCAAACUAAAAGGUCUUAGUUCCAAGGAGCAGGACUCAAACUUUGAAACUGGGACUCUUUAGCUGAGAGGCCCAAGUUGGAACUAUGUCAGCCAGGAACCCUGUAUUCAUAAUUUUAUUAAAAGUACUGUACAGCCUGUUUUUUUUUUUUCCUUUUUUUAAUCAUUUGCCCCCUUUUUGAAUAUUUUAAAAGGGGAGAUCUAGACCUGCCAGUGUGAUUUUUAACACAGAAGGUGGGACCACUGUUUACCCUUUUAAUUGAAACAUUUGACGAAUUGUAAGCGGAGUUGCUAUGCUGGUUUUAAUAACGUGUAUUAAACUGCAGUAAAGUUGA